GCCUAAGCUCACCCCUGGUCAAGUCCAAGGCCCAAAAUGUUGGGUAUUUCGUACGUAGAGCUCUUCCUCUUGAUCGGAGCCACAGCUGCUCUAUUCGGACCGAAGGAUUUGCCUAGAAUUGCUAGAACAGCAGGGCGGCUAGCGGGUCGGGCAAUCGGGUAUGUUCAGUUAGCUCGUGGCCAAUUCGAAAAUGUUAUGCAGCAAUCUCAAGCUCGUCAGGUUCAUAAAGAACUUCAAGAUGCACUGGCACAAUUAGAGUCUAUUCGAUAUGAAGUUCGAAGCAUAUCACUUAUGAAUCCUGGUCCUCUGACUCGGAAGCUGAUGGACAAUCCUCAAGACCUGGCUCCUACAGGGGCCAAUAGGUCAUUUGAGAAGCCCAAGGAAGAGCUGAAGUCAACAAGUACUGUGCUGAAGGAUAGAACCCCAGAGUCAGUUAAUUUGCAUAGCCAAGCAACUGCUUAUGAAAGAUUGGCUGAAUCUGAUGCCGUGAAGACUGGCUCUUUGAAGAGAAGUGCAGAGAAAGAGAACCUUAGCGAUGAAAGUGGUCUUUUUGCUGUUCUCCCAGUUUCAGCUGAAAGCACUGGGAUGCUACCAAAUCCCAAGGAUAAUGUUGAAGGAUCAGACAUUGUGUUGGAAGCGAUACUUGAAGCGGAGGUAGCACGCAAUGCCAAAGAUUUCUUUUCACAGCCUGCAAAUCAAAUACAGUGAAAUGAGAAGGUUUUGCUUUAUAUUCUCAAAGUGCUUAUGUCUGGGCAUUUUUGUACUAUUAUUAGAUUAUAAUUGGAUAAGGUUUGUAUUAGGGAAUGCUCUGUUUCAUUGUAGAUGUAAUUGAACAAGGUUAAAUUACUAUUGUGAAGAUGUAAAACUUUUGGAGAUCUUUAAAAUCGUUAUUUAUUCUAUCAU